UCUGUAUAUAUUGUGCCGCCGUACUCAAAUCGCUCACCUAGUCUUAUAUUCUUUUUCUCCUAUUAACAUGGAUUGCUGAACUCUCCAGAUACCUAGAACUACAUAACAUAAUCAGCAUUUUCCCCCACUUUCACAAUGGCUAUAUGUGUGAAAGAACAAGCUCACUACUCUCCUCCAUGGGCUGGAGUUAGUAUCAUAGGUAUAGCUGGAAGUUCUGGAUCGGGAAAAUCUACUUUGUCUCAUGCCAUUAUCUCUCAAAUGAACUUGCCAUGGGUUUGCAUUCUCAGCAUGGUAAUUCUGUUUUCCCUCAUUCCUAUAUCAAUCAGCCCAUUAAUGAUUGUGAAAAAAAAAAAGGAUUCGUUUUAUAAGUCUUUAGACGCGGAAGGAUCACGAAAAGCGUUUUUAAAUGAAUAUGACUUCGACUCACCGGAUGCAAUAGAUUUCGAUAGACUAGUCGAAAUAUUGCAAGACCUGAAAGCAGGAAAGAGAGCAGAGAUCCCUAUCUACUCAUUUGCAAAGCAUGCUCGAGAGAAGGAGACCACGUCAAUUUAUUCACCGCAUGUACUCAUAUUGGAGGGGAUUUUUGCAUUAUACGAUCCUCGAGUUCUUGAAUUGUUAGAUAUGAAGGUGUUCUGUCAAGCAGAUGGAGAUACCUGUUUAUCCCGGCGAAUCCUGAGAGAUGUCGCAGAAAGAGGUAGAGACAUUGAAGGUGUUAUAAAGCAAUGGUUUGGAUUCGUGAAGCCAAACUUUCAACGAUAUGUAGAGCCUCAGGGACAAGUUGCCGAUAUCAUUGUGCCACGAGGUGUAGAAAAUCGAGUUGCAAUUAAUAUGGUCGUACAAUACAUCCAACGAACAUUAAAAGAAAAAUCAAUAGCCCACAUUAUGGCUUUGAAGAAAUUGGGUUUGGGUGCUGAGGAUGAGCCUCUAUCUAAAUCAGUUCUUCUUUUGGAGCAAACACCUCAAUUCAAAGGCAUGAAUACCAUCAUCCAAGAUAUAGGAACUCCGGCAGAAGAAUUUGUUUUUUACUUUGACCGGAUUGCUACUUUACUCGUUGAGCAUGCUAUGAACAAUAUAUUCUUCACAGAAAAGAUUGUUGAGACACCAAUCGGUAACAAGUACCAUGGUUUAAUAGCUACGGGCGAAGUUAGUGCGGUUGUUGUCCUUCGGGCCGGAGGAGCUCUGGAGACUGGCUUAAAGCGGGUCAUUCCAGAUUGCAAAACUGGAAGACUACUGAUUCAAUCGAAUAUUCGAACGGGUGAACCCGAAUUACAUUUCUUAAAAUUACCGGACAAUAUCAACAAACAUGAUAGUGUUUUGUUACUUGAUCCACAAAUGUCGAGUGGGGGAGCUGCACUUAUGUCGGUUCAAAUCCUUGUCGAUCAUGGAGUACCACCCGAGAAGAUUGUAUUUGUGACUUAUACUGCAGGGAAAAUGGGAUUAAACCGACUUACAAAGGUCUUCCCUGAGGUUAAAGUUGUGGUAUGCACGAUAAUUCAGGACUACGAGGAGAGGUGGAUUGAAAAGAGGUAUUUUGGAUGUUGAUCAUGACGAGAUGGUCAGUGAUAGCUUGGUUUUGUGGUUAAAUCAGCGACUCGCUAAUGAACCAAUGUUAUGCUACUAUCAACUCUUCUGCUACCAAUAGUUCCAGGUACCAAGUAGACGUCGGUACUCGAACAAAGUUAAUUUCCUAACGGUUUUCCAUUCUGAGACUGGUAUAUAGUUCACCCCUUCUUGAUAUCUAACACCCCACAAUAUCAACUUGGGUGAUAAUUUGGAGUCGAGACAACCGAUGAACGAAGAAAACAACUGGUAAAUCACAACAUGAUUUUAUGGAUCGAUUUCUCUUGCUUUCUGUUACAUUCUACACUAUACACUAUGAAUCAUCAUCCAGCCUUGGUACACCACCAAAACUUUCCUUUCCGUAAGAUCUGGUUUAAAAUGUGGCAAUGGCUAGGAUUCCAUUAUCACUAUCUAUUGUUCGAGCUCUAGUGUGAAUGCUAUGACACUGUUCAUUUCCUUAAAUCUCAAUGCAGUUCCCGACUCUUUCCUCUCGUUUGCUUACUAGAAAUAUGGGGUUGUAUUCAAUCACCCAAACCAUUGAUACAAGUUGAAGUUGAGUGUUCGGUAGUGCGAGCCACAUGUCAGCAGUCAAAAGCGUUGGAAAAUUCAAAUGCUUUUGAGUAUUGAAAACAUAUUCAGUUAUCGAGGUUAUUGCAAAAGUUGAAACUAUUUCA